UCAAGACGCGGAACGGAUGUCAUAUCUGUCAAAUUGUGUCAAGAACGCCGUUUAGCAAUUAACCAGAAAAUAAAAAUAUAAAACAGAUUUAAAUAAAAAUCCUUUUUAUAAUAAUAUGGACAGUGAAUACAAACUGUCUCACAAAGCUAAGAAACGUAUUAAAGAAGUUAAGAGAAAAGCUCGACCUGAAUUAGCAGACAAGUACCAAUGGACAGCUUUAAAAUACUACAACAACUUUGAUGAGUAUCUCAAGUGCAAUGAUAAUGUUGACAGAAUUAGUGAAACUGAGGUGUCCCCUGAAGAGUUUAUAGAGAAAUAUGAGAAGAUAUACAAACCAGUAGUUAUAACCAAUGUACAGACAAACUGGAAAGCUAAUUACAAAUGGACAUUAGAUAGACUUGCCAAAAAGUAUCGCAACCAAAAAUUCAAGUGCGGUGAGGAUAAUGAGGGCUAUAGUGUUAAGCUGAAAAUGAAGUAUUAUGUAGAGUAUAUGAGGACAACGACUGAUGAUAGUCCGCUGUAUAUUUUUGAUAGCAGUUUUGGCGAACAUCUAAGAAGGAAGAAAUUACUUGAAGAUUAUGAAGUCCCAACAUAUUUUAGGGAUGAUUUGUUCAAAUACUGUGGUGAGGAGAGACGCCCGCCGUACCGCUGGUUUGUGAUGGGCCCACAGCGCUCCGGCACUGGGAUUCAUAUAGACCCCUUGGGAACUAGUGCAUGGAACGCACUUGUGUUUGGUCAUAAAAGAUGGUGCUUAUUCCCAACUCAGACACCAAGAGAGCUCAUCAAAGUGACUGGUGCGAUGGGAGGCAAGCAAAGGGAUGAAGCUAUCACAUGGUUCAGAUUAAUUUAUCCAAAGACUCAGUUGGAUAGUUGGCCAAAGGAAUUCAAGCCAGUGGAGAUACUCCAGAAACCAGGUGAGACAGUGUUCGUGCCGGGCGGCUGGUGGCACGUGGUGCUCAACUUAGAUGAAACAGUCGCCGUGACACAAAACUUCUGCAGCCGCACCAACUUCCCUGUCGUAUGGCACAAGACUGUCCGUGGUCGACCGAAAUUAUCCAAGAAAUGGCUCAAAGCCUUAGAAACCAAAGAGCCGGACUUGUACCGCGUCGCUAGCAGCAUGGACUUGUCCCAGGGAACUGGCGUUGCGUCGGACAGUUCCUCGAACAGUAGUUCGUCGAGUAGCGACAGUGAUACCAGUUCCUCAGACAGUUCUGAAGAGGACAGCGGCCAGGAGAGCAUUACAGCGCACAAAAAGAAAAGAAGAAGGAAAGCAUAGACAGCUCGAGUGGACCAAACAGCCUUAAUACCUGCAUAGGAAAUUACGAGUACCAAGUUUUAAAAAUUAUGUAUUGAGUUGUGUAAAUCCGUUUUGUAUUACUAGGCAUAAAUGAUUUUAUUUCUACUCGUUGUUUUCUUAGUGACUAAUUACUUUGUUAACUGACUACUACACGGUUCUUUAUGAAUAAAGUAUUAAUCACAUGA